UGAGCCCAGCCUGCCUUCACACCUGAACAAAAGUAAACAGCUGUAUACUCUUGGACGUCCGAAUUUUUACACAAGGAUGUAACAGUGGUGCUUGAACAGCAAAGGACUUUUACUUUUACCUCACCAGCUGUUACUCUGUGCAGCCACCUCAAGCACCCUAUAGAACCUUACCAUGUCAAGGAAACAGACAGGGAAGCCAGUGCGUGGGAACAGAAAAUAUGAUUUGGAGAGGAAGCGGGAUGAGCGGGCUGCCCGCAGGGCACUGGCCAAAGACCGGAAGAAUCGUCCGCGAGGAGAGGAUGAAGGAGAGGAAUUUGUCAGCUUCUCUAAUCAGCUCCAGGCUCUUGGACUUAAAUUAAGGGAGAUUCCUGGAGAUGGGAACUGUUUGUUCCGUGCCCUUGGAGACCAACUGGAGGGACAUUCCCAGAAUCACCUACGUCUGCGUCAGGAAACUGUUCAGUACAUGAUGUCACACAGACAGGACUUUGAGCCUUUUGUGGAAGACGACGUACCCUUCACACAGCAUUUGUCAAACCUCUCACAGCCAGGCACGUUUGCUGGCAACGAUGCGAUUGUGGCCUUCGCACGAAGUCAUCAGCUCAAAGUAGUUAUCCAUCAGCUGAAUGCUCCACUAUGGGAGAUAAAUGGCGCGGAGAAGCCUCUUUGUCGAGAACUUCACAUUGCAUAUCGCUAUGGUGAUCACUAUGACAGCGUCCGGCAUAUCGGUGAUAAUUCUGAGAGCCCAGCACAUUUACGCAUUGAGAAUCUGAAUAAUUCAAGACAGUUGGGUGAUGGUCAGAGAGAGAGACAGAGAGCCCCCUCCCUCUCUCAGUUGCCCUCUGAGGAUGAAGAAGUGAUCUUAAGCUCCUUCCUGAACAGUAACUCCAACAGUCAGUCAAGCUGUCAAUCACGCCCUCUGCUUGCAUGCCCUUGGGAUAACUCUUGCUCUUUGUCAAUGCUUUUUUUGUUGUUUCUCACAGGUCAAGGAGAGAAUCUGUGUCAAUCAAGUGCCACAUCACAUGCUGAAUGGCUUGAGCCUGAGCUUAGGAACCAGUCAUCUAAUGUUCUCUGUGACUCAAGAACAGAGACACGCCCUCUGUGUCAAGGAAUGCCAACAGAAUGUAGUGUCAAUCUUUCUCCACCAGAAGGCAGUACAUCACACAAACCCAGGAUUUCAAACAAACAAAGGAAAGAGCAGCAGCGUUUGGAAAAAAAGAAGAGACAGGAGGAGAGACACAGACAAAAGGUCCUUCAGGGUAAAACAUCACAUGACCAGAAUCAGAACCUGCCUGAACCUGUCACCCUCGUGCCAGCCCUCAAUACUCUAAGCAUCUAGAGCAAUCACGGACAACAUUGCCUUGAAUCCAGUGCUUCGGCAAUAGAAAGCAAUCAAAACGUUUCAGAAACCUCCGACUGUUUUCCAUGUACAGUCAGUUCUUUUGUGUAGCCAAGCAUGUGUACAGAUUUAGAUGCUGUUGACUUUGAAUGAUGUAUGUUUGAUGUAAGAAAGGCAUUUUGCAUACGUUUUUCUGUUGGAUUUAGUCUUUUGGUCUCAUACAGCCAUAUACACUCUUAUAAAAGUCUGAUAUGGUCAGGUUUGGGGAAAAUUCACUUAAAGUUAAACUUUAAUUUAGAUUAAUUUCAGUUUAUUUUAUCAGACAUCUGCCAAAGAGUAUUUACAAAGUGUAUCCAGACAAGCGAGAAGAGUCUAAAUCCAAGUUUAAUGAUGGUCUGAGAUUGAAAGGACUUGUUUUGGUUUGUGAGGAAUUUCUGCAGUUUACUACGUGCCUGGAUUUUGUUGCAUGCUCCUCAGAAUUUCUGUAGCUUAAGUUAUUGAAACAAUUUUGAAUGAUGAUGGAUGCUUGUUGUCGCUUUGUUUUUGGAAUGAAGUGCAAUCUGGUAAUAAAUGAGAAUAUUUGCAAGA